CACACACACACACACACACACACACACACACACACACACACACACACACACACACACACACACACACACACACACACACAUACAUACAUACAUACAUAUACAGGCAUCCUCUAACACUUUACCUGACUCAAUUUAAGAGUCAAUCUGAAGAAGUCAGGAAGCCUCAUCCUUCUGCUGAAUCUAGUGAUUUCCUCGUCUGGUAAUGACAAUUUUGACGUUGUCUGAAAGUUCGUAGAGUUGGUUGUUCUUCCUCACCUUCUGCUUUUCCAACAUGAACUUUUUUUUGGUGUUCCAACUGAUAACCAUCUUGCUUUCUGUGGGACAGAGUCACACUGAGCCUACAAGGCAAAAUCCACUUUCAUGUUCUAAAUCAUGCUCAGCUGGAUAUUAUAACUCUGGUCCCUGUGGAGAGAAUAAAACAGAGUACAUAUGUAAAGAGUGCCUCAGUGGCACAUUCACAGAAUUAAAGAACAACAUAACUAGAUGCUUACGUUGUGACAAUUGUGGAAAUUUUGAUUUUGAAACUCAGCCAUGCACCUCUGCUACAAAUAGGAAAUGCGAUAAGUGCAACUGUAAUCACUGCAAACGAAACAACAGUGGGUGCUGCAAACGCUUGACAUGUAUUCCAUCUACAACUACAACUACAACUACAACUGCAACCACAACACCAUCUACAUCUACAGCUACAUGUACAACUACAACUUCAACCUCAAAAGACACUCAAGGCCCAGUUGAAUCGAUUCCCUUGAAGGAUGUGCUCGGACUCGCUGCAGUUUUGGCGUUGCUUCUGGGCUUAUUUUGGUUCAUACUUUUCAUCAGGAAUCGAUGUCUCUGCUGGAGAGCGAAAAAAGACCUGGAGCCCCCUGUCAUAUUGAAAGAACAAGGCAGUCAUCAAGGCAGCAGCCCGCACACACUGACUUUACACAUUUCUGAGGAUACUCCCAUGGUGACUCUCAGUCAGAGUGCAGCCACAACAGAACAUCGAGACCACAUCAGGCCUCCACUACCAGACGAUGAACACAAAGUAAUCAAACCAAUCGAUCAAUAUGAGCACUGGCCGGCCAUCGUCCUCUACGCCAUUAUCAAGGAGGUGCCCCUGCGUAGGUGGAAAGAGUUCUUGCGUCUGCUCUCGCUGGCUGAUCAGCAGCUGGAGCGGGUGGAGCUGGAGGCUGGUUCGGGUCUGGGCUCUAUAGAGCGGCAGUACCAGAUGCUGAGGCUGUGGAGCCAGCGCUCCUCUGCCAGCCUGAAUGAUGUCUUCUCGGCCCUGCACUACAUGGAUUUAUGCGGCUGUGCCCAGCUACUGCAGGAAAACCUGGACAAGCUGCAGUGGAAACCUUAACUGCAACCAAGUUUCCUAGUCUGUAGAACUUACAAAGACCACGGUUUCAACAGGGCAGUGCAGGACACUUGAGGCCACAGCACCUGGGAACACAAGAGAUAUGCAAUAAGAGACAACUGUGCUUCCUAAAAAGGACACGAACUGUAGCAGUAGUUCCGCCCAGAAAACUUAAGUAAUGUCAAGUAAUGUAAGUGACUCAUAAUGAGCAAUGCAGAUGUUUCGUUUUUCAGCAGAAAAAACUUAUGUUAUGGUUAAACAUCAGCAAAUGCACUCCAGAUAAGUGUAACAUAUGUGCUUUGUUGGGUUGACAACUGACUUUGGACAUAUUGUCUACAACGCUGCACACGUCAAUUUUUCAGUUUCCUGCAAAUAAAAGGUGUCACGGUGCUGUAGGCUGGGUUUUUCCUCCCCACACAUAUUCCAUCUAAAUGAUGGUUUCCUGUUGCGGUGUUGAAGGUAUCUGACUUUGAGACUUAAUGUGUGUCAUUCCAAUUACUGACAGGCAGUGAAGCAGAUUCCAGUAAAUCCUUUUAACUAAUGUUUUUAUAUUAAUCUAUGUGUGUGCUUUUUGAUUUUUAUCUUUGAAAUAAAUAUUGUUUAUAAAUGUUUUAA